AUGGGACAAGGUCACAGUGCACUCCAAACGUGCAUCAAUGGCAUUGCCAACGGCCGCUCUGGCUUCGCAGCAUAUCCCAGUCAACCUCUUUACCAAUUAGCAUGGGUCAAGCCGUACAACCUCGAUAUCAAGGUGCAUCCCGAGGCCGUUGUGCGGCCCAAGGACUCCAACGACGUUGCCGAGGUGAUCAAGUGUGCGACACAGAACGGGUAUAAGGUGCAGGCCAAGUCAGGAGGACAUUCGUUCGGGAAUUACGGCCUAGGGGGAGGUCAAGAUGGAGUGAUUACCAUCGACCUUGUCAAUUUCCAGCAGUUCUCCAUGGACAACAAGACAUGGCAAGCUACAAUAGGUGCUGGCAGCCAUCUGGGAGAUGUCACGGAUAGGUUACAUGAUGCGGGCGGCCGGGCCAUGGCUUAUGGCGUAUGUCCGGACGUGGGUAUUGGUGGACAUGCUACCAUUGGUGGUCUUGGCCCAAUGUCGCGCAUGUGGGGAAGCGCCUUGGAUCACAUCGUCGAGGUGGAAGUGGUCACUGCUGAUGGCAAAAUUCAGCGCGCGAGCGAGACUCAAAAUUCUGACCUGUUCUGGGGCCUUCGAGGCGCCGCCUCCAAUCUUGGCGUCAUCACCGAGUUCGUUGUCCGCACGCACCCCGAGCCCGCCAACGUCGUCCAGUACAGCUACACCUUCAUCUUUGGCAAAUCCGCCGAUGUCGCCUCGACCUACUCAGCCUGGCAAGACCUCAUCUCCGAUCCCAAACUCGACCGUCGCUUCGGCACCGAAUUCAUUCUCAACCCCACCGGCGCCAUCAUCACCGGCACCUUCUACGGCACCGAAGCCGAGUACCGCGCCAGCGGUAUUCCCGACCGCCUCCCCGGCAAGCAGGACCUGGUAGGUAACAACGACUGGCUCACGGCUUUCGCCCACGACGCCGAAAACGAAGCCCUGUACCUAUCCGGCCUCGCCACGCCGUUCUACUCCAAGUCCCUCGCCUUUCGCCGCGAAGAGCUGAUCAACACCACCGGCAUCGCCGACAUUUUCAAAUGGACCGACUCCCAAGACAAGGGCACCCCGCUCUGGUUCAUCAUCUUUGACGCUACCGGUGGCGCUGUCGCUGAUGUGCCUAUGAACGCCACGGCUUAUUCGCAUAGAGACAAGGUCCUGUUCUACCAGAGCUAUGUCGUCGGGUUGCCGCUUAGUAAGAAGUCGAAGGGGUUCCUGGAGGAUUUCCAUAACCAGAUCACCAAGUGGACGGGCGCGUUCGGGACGUAUGCGGGGUAUGUUGAUCCGGAGCUGAAAGAUGCGCCGGAGCAGUAUUGGGGGAGUAAUUCUAAGGAGUUGAGGAGGGUGAAGAAGGUGUGGGAUCCCAAGGAGGUGUUUUGGAAUCCGCAGAGUGUUAAGCCUGCUGAGUGA